GUUGCGGGUAGGCUGAUACACAUAGCCUGAUGCUGAUAAGCGACCCUGGUGUUACAAGGGACUCCAAACUAUGGACGGUCACUGUGUGGAGUUAUUGCGACUUGUACACAACCUGGUUUACCUUGUUCCACGGGAGAGAUUUGUGAUGUACAGGACACGUUCAUGUGAUACGUGUGAUGCGUGAAGUGUGAGAAGAGUGGCCCCGGAGUACCGGAGCUGCGUGGAUAGAUGGACACGCAAGAGGAGUGUAUUUUCAUGUGAUGUUCGUAAACAGCUACUAUACAGCCAUGUAUCGGAUAUAUCUACUCCUGUUUCUGUUACUCGGUGGCCGCUCACAUCAGGCAGGUUCUUUAGUCCUGACAAGUUCCCCCAUGACAGUGACAGACGAAGAACUGUUCACCCUGAUCUGCAGCAGAAACACAACUAGGGGACAAGACAGACAGUGGAAGAGAGAUGAUACAGUAGUCUUCUACACAACACAAGGUUCCACCAGUCCCACUGUAGCCAACCCUGACAUCUUCAACAGGUAUCUGUCAGGUCGUGUCAAUGUGAGCUGUGAUGCCACACAACACAAUGUGACUCUCAGGAUCAACUCCGCCGUAGACAAUGGAUCCAGGUGGCAGUGUGUGGAUAAUGUCGCCAGUCAGACGAGCAAUACGAUGACGAUAUAUGUUACAGUGCCCCAAUCAACAGUAACCGCAACACCAACUCAUUCGGCUUCAGUCACAACACCGAGAGCCACAGAUAUAACCGGAUCCACAGAUGUUAAUGUGUCAGAGACGCCUACUUCCCCAUUGUCGAAGCAUCCUACUACAAUAUCAACCACCACCAAGAACAGCACCAAAGGAAACCCAACAACAACGUCUGGUUACACAGCUGGUGAGUCAGCAGGCCAUCCUACUACAAUAUCAACCACCACCACCAACAACACCAAAGGAAACCCAAUAACAACGUCUGGUUACACAGCUGGUGAGUCCAACACCAUUGCCAUCGCCGCUGGAGCAGCUGGAGGAGGUGUUGCUGUCAUCGCUGUUGUCAUCGUCGCAGCUAUUUGUAUCAGAAAAAGACGUCGCUCUCUUGAAGAAGAUGUCAGGGAUAAAAGUCGACGCGAUAGAAACCCUUCCAGGAGUUUUAGUGCUGAAAUGCUGAUUGAAAGUGGAGUAACUGAAGGGGACGAAAAAGUCAUGAUGGACAACAUAAUAUACACCAGUUCGUGUGACGUAGUGCCGGUUGAAUACAGUAUACAUGAUCACGAUCAAGCCGAUAAAGUCAUGCAGGACAAUAUUUUGUACACCAGUUCAUCGGAUAUAGAACCGGCUAAUUACAGUAUUGAGGAUCAGAAUCAUGUUGGUAAAGAUGUCUACACCCAGGUGAAGAAGGUGAAGACGAAUGCAGACACACAUGUAGUUACUGACGUGUACGCAAAACCGCACAAAGGACGGCAGGAAACACCAAAUGGAGAUGUGUAUGCCAAAGUGAAUAAAGUAAAGAGCAGAGAAGGAACAAGUGAGAAUAUUGAAGACAUGUACGCCAAACCACAGAAAGGCAAACGGAAUCUGAAGAGCAAUCCAGAUGCUGAAUGAUGUUCCAUGAAAUAAGUCUUCUGAGACAUGCUAAAUGAAUAUCGGUGUUCGUGCUCCACGCUAUUGUCAUGAUGCCCUCAACAACCCAGUGAACACUUUCACGCUGUCACAAUGUUCUGCUUUCGUUGUUACAACGUUAUUCUGUAUACUCCAAUUUACGUUGCCACAACGCUGUGGUCUGACGUUGUGAUAAAGUGUAUUGAGUUAUUGGAUGCUAGUGUAUUUGACGUUGUCCAUUAAAACAUUCUGCAUAACGUAAAUGGUUGAAUAGCUUUCCCAGUAGCGAACAGUACAUAAGAAACAAAGCAGAAAUUCACUUCAAUGUUUAUUCGUCAAUUUGGAAGUUGUUUUCUGAAGCUGUAGCUGAAUAGCGAAGAAGGAAUCUCAAAUUGAAACGUUUUACAGAAAACUCCAUGGCACCACAUUAUAAGAAACGUUAUUAUAACGUUGUGAGGAACCCAAAGUAUAAUGUUUCCUCAACGUAAAUUUGCAACGUUGUUAUUACGCUGUGACAUAACUUUAUAAAACGACGUAAUACUAACGUAGUGACAACGUUGUGUCAUGACCUUACCAAUCUACAACCUUCCCACAACGUUGUGAAAAUGCUGUGUGUUACCUGGGAAUUCUUUAUUCAUAUUAUUCAAAUUAAAAAAAUACAUGCAAAAUAAUUUAUGUUUAUUAAUGCUUCAACAACGUCGUAUUUAAUAGGGGCAAUAUUUUCCGAGACCAAGACCAAGUUAUAUACUUGAUUCCUUUGCAAUUGCGCUAUACGUAUCUGUACAUUGUACCGCUUUUGCCUCA